UAGCCGGUAUAAUACGACCGUCAAGGCAUUGCUUGGAGGUUACAAGUGCUUUCGGGAGCGAACUGUGUUGCAUUUCUCGGAACGCCUCAUAGGAUCUUUGUUUCAUCCUGCUAUUGGUUGAUUUUCAUGACCGGCGUACUGGACACCUGAAGGGAAUGCGGCUUCAUCACUUCUUCAUUUGCAUGGCAGUGUUUGUGUCAGGCACACUUCAAAGCUUCGAUGCCUACUCCGAACUGUCUUCUGUGCCUUUGCUGCACGUGGCCAUGGUAAGCGCAGCUCGAAGGAGGCGUAGUCACUGCUCUAUGUUCUCCAACGAAAAUGCUAUAUAGUCUGUCUCGUCAAUGUGCCGUAAGCCUCACAGACACCCAUGGACGCUUAUUAUUCUCGCACACAGCCUACGAGGUCGCUGGCUUCAACCAUGCCUGCGGGCCGCGAGCACUGCAUUCGGUGCCAUAAAGACUUUUCAGCCAAUUACCCCUCGGCCUGCAUCGUACCCCACGUGUUUGACUCCCGCUGUGACCCACUCCGUCUUUACAGUGGAGAAUUUCAAUGGAUGUCGGAGUGUUGCGGGGGUUAUGGUACUGUGACGGAGGAAGAACCUGGAAGUGGCGUCUUCCGCAUGAUGGAACUCACCGCCUGUUAUCGUGGUCCGCACACAACGCGCAAGGACGUUGUUCGACUCCAAUACAAUGGUGUGAGCAUCAUUAGAUGCAAACACAACAGGUCCGGGAAAUGCAUCCGAAACCACUUGACGCAGAGAAGUAGACCGGUUUUUGACAAGGAGGUGGUGUAUUGCGAUGGUGACGAACAAGACCGACACCAUGAUGGAUAGAGGCAGAUUAUGUACCAUUUAACGGCUGAACGAACUAGAGGAUGAUUAGGACUUCGUUGGGAACCUGCUUUUCGCCUCUGUACACAGCCUUGGAACUUGCAUUACAGCCGCUCAUACUAGAAUCCAUAUGUCAUUAUACGACAUCAAGUUGUUCCUCGUCCGCUGGUGUGGUCAAUUCUACCAAUAGUAUGAUAA